AUGGUGUGUAUACACAAAAUAAUACUAUUUUGGACCAAAUAUUUUGACGAAACCAUUGAACAGUACUUCAAGAUCACCGCCGGACCAGUCAUUAUCGACAACGAGUACUGCGGCCUCACAUCACUGACCACUCCGUGUUGGGUCACAUCAAACAAACGGCACGUAAACAAUAGCCACGCGAUAGUGUUUCACUGGCGAGACAUCAACGCCCGGCAGCGGCCCCGGUAUCGACGCCCCGACCAAUUGUGGACACUGUAUAACAUGGAGGCGCCGCCCAAUACACCCUAUCAUACGUUUGACAACGAUAUCGACAAUAAGUUUGUGUUCAAUAUGACGGCCACUUAUCGGCCGGACUCUGACCUGUAUGUGCCGUACGGACGAGUGGUUAAAGUGGCCGAUAAGGACACGGAUGAGAGUGUCAAUGAUUUGAUGCUAAAUGCAAAUUUUAAUAACAAAACCAAACUGAUCGCGUGGAUUGUCAGCCAUUGCGAUACGUCCGGCGGUCGGCAACAGUACGUCCGCGAACUGCAAGAGUAUAUCACUGUCGAUGUGUACGGCGGGUGCGGUCCCUAUGACUGUCAGCCCCGGCGAUCCGUACACUGUAUGCAAAAUGUGGCCAAUAGUUACAUGUUUUACUUAUCGUUUGAAAACUCUGUCUGU